UCCCAAGUAGCCUUGCACGGUGUCACCAUUCGCUUCGAGACUCAGUCUGUUCAUUGGACGGAUCGAAUGCUGUAAAGCGGUCCGGUCCCUUUCCUCGUUGCGGGUUCACGCACGUUUCGCUUCACAGUCGCACUGUUGCGCUAUCGGAAGUUUCCUUACCAUCCCACACUCACAUUGUUCAGCUCCCAAUACCUGGUCCUGCUAUCCUUUUUAACCAAAUCAUCGACCGGCCAUGCCUGCCUUCUCGCAGCUCAUGCCCGCUUCGGCGUCUCAAAUCGCGCGCGAGAACAUGUCGUUGCCAGCCUCGGCGUCAUACACGAUAGCGACGCUGAUCAGCUCCACAUUGACGCUGAUUCUAGCGACGAAAUGGACUUUAGACGCUGCUUGCGUGAUCGCUAGGAGGGCAAAAGUGCACGAGACGAUCGUUGCGCUUCUUUUGAGCGGCAUUGCGUGGGAGCAGCUGGUCAUCAUCAUCUUUUCCCUCCUUCAACACAGACCUGAUCUCAUCCUCAGCAUCUCUGUGGGCACGUGUUUACUCAACAACACCCUGCUCUUCGGUGUACAUCUUGUCCUUCUUCCUCGUCGCUCCCUGCGCUCUUUCAGCACCUCAUCGAUCAAUUACACUCUUCUGCAAAGCAUUUUUUGCAUUCCCAUCGCCAUCCUUCUCGGGGUUACAUUCGACGUUUAUCCUCCCUUGUUCAAAUCGCGAUGGUCGAGGUACAUGAAGAGAGCGGCGCACAUCAACGGAAUUCUACUUGUCGUCGUCUUUGUGGCAUACCUAGCUUUCACAGCGCUCGCCCUGUACAAAGGACAUUUGCAACAUCCCGAAGAUCCAGAUUCAGACGACGAUGCUUCUUCCGCAUCUUCCUCUGACGCAGAUUCAGAGUCCGGCGAAGUGGAAGAGACGCGCUCUGCUCACUCUGAAAGAUCUGCAGCUUCCUUUGUACCUGCUGGACUUUUAGCGCAAGCUUCGGGCGCUCACACUACAAUCACCACUCCGCUCCUUUCUCGUCUUCGAAAUCAACCUCGAUCCGCGUUAUCCUUUCACUUCUUUGUUCUCAUCGCCAGCUUGGCACUGAUGAUUGCAGGUGGAGUGCUAAUCCCUCACUCGGCCAUCCAUCUCGCCCGCAAUAUCGACAUGCGUCUACCCCUCUUGGCGCUCACAUUGCUCCCGGCGCUCGUCAGUCUUCCGAGUAGAAUAUGGAACGUGAUCAAUGAGCAACAACCAAAUCUGGACGGAUUGUUGGUCGAGAUUUCCAGCAAAAACAUCUUUCUGCUCACUUUCGGAGUGGGUCUUUCGCUGUUGGCAGGAGUGACGCACGACGUUUCCCCUUCCCACUCUUCCAGCUUGUCGUCGGAUCCUGCUACUCUCCUGCUAGACCUGUCGGUACCCAACGAUCAGUAUGCAACCCUGUCGAGCAGCCUCGCGCCCACCUCGGGGCCUCUCGAAGCGCAAGACCUCCUCCUGCUCUCCCUGUCCUCUUUGGCUCUCUUGCUCUUUGCUAGCCUCUCUUCCCUCGCCCUGCUCAUCUUGGCAGGAACAAAAACUCACAGAAUCGUGGGACUUGCGUUCGCGUUGACUUGGAUCAUGUGGACAGUGGCUCAAUGGACCGUUUGGAGGUGACAUGUCCCCCAGAUACGAUACGCAAUGCUUUGCGGUGAUUGAAGUGCACUAUUCUCACAC